AUGAAGAGCAUCAAAGCCCUGAUCCACAGCCUGAUCGUGGCUCACAUCUGCCGCGCCUUUCGAGCCCUCCGACGAGUCAAAUCCAUCCUCCUCCAGGCCCUCAAGAACCACCACCACUUCCCUUACCUCAUCGCCGGUCACAACAGCAAGCAGAGGAAGAAGGUGUUCUUUGGGUCCUUCAGGCUUCACUACAACUGGGGCUCCACCUCUUCCUCCCGCGUCCUACCUGUCCCCGAAUCCGUCCUACGUGGCUGCUCCUCCGACUCCGACUCCUACGUGGAGGGGUACCUCCUUUGGCUGGAAGAGAAAGACAACAAGUGUGGUGGCGGCGGCGGCGGCGAAGGAGGAGGAGGAGUAGUGAAUGAGAUCGACAGGCUGGCGGAGAUGUUCAUCGCGGAGUGCCACGAGAAGUUCCAGCUGGAGAAGCAGGAGUCGUUGAGAAGAUUCCACGAUAUGAUGGCGAGAAGCAUGUGA